AUGAGUAGGGAAUACCAAAAUGCAAAGAAGCGAAAACGUGUUUAUUCAAAAGAGAAUGAGGCGGUUGAACCAACCAUCGUUGUCGAUACGUGCAAGCCCACAGCUAUAUAUCAACCGACAAAGGGCAGAGAAUGGACAGUAACUGUAGCGCUGCCAGGAAGUAUAAUCGCCAACGCCCAGUCUCUUGAACAAAAAACAUUCUUGGCUGGUAACAUUGCGAGAGCUCUCGCCGUUUUUUGUGUGGACGAAGUUGUAAUUUUUUCGGAUGGAAACUCUCAUGGAAAUGUAGCAAAUUUUCAUGCAAAUCGGUCUCAAUUUUCUAAUAAUCCAGCCGAUCUAGUUCAACAAAAUUAUACUGGAGUAUCAGAUCCGGAUCAUUUUCUCGUGCACCUUUUAAGUUACCUAGAGACACCUCCACAUCUCAGAAAACAAUUUUUUCCAUUACAUCCAAACCUUCGAAUUGCUGGGACUCUUCCUAGCUUGGAUCUCCCACACCAUCUCAAAGCAGACGAAUGGUGUUUGUAUCGGGAGGGAGUCACACUUCCAGGUUCUGAUAAACAUGGGACAUUUGUAGAAGCUGGAUUGAGAGUUCCCGUCACUAUUGAAGAGCAAUUACCAGCUAAAACUAGGGUCACUCUAAAAUUUAGGAAUGGUGCUGAAGAGGAUAAUAAAAAUGCGAAAAUCGACACUGUAUUUGCCGACCCAGUUAGCCCGUUUGAACCCCGAGAUGAAAGUGGCUAUUACUGGGGCUACCAAAUAAGGCGUGCAGACUCAUUAAGCAGUGUGUUCACUGAGUGCACCUACACCGGCGGCUACGAUAUCUCAAUUGGGACCUCAGAGCGCGGAUCUAACCUUGAGAGCUUGUACACUAAUACCGGAAAUCAGAUAGGCGAAUUCAAACAUUUAUUAUUAGUCUUCGGCGGCGUCGCUGGACUCGAAGUCGCCGUCAGAAACGACCAAGAAUUACAGAAACUUGAGGUUGUAGAAGCUAAGGAUGUUUUUGAUCAUUGGAUCAACAUCUGUCCGGGACAGGGUAGCAGAACUAUUCGAACUGAAGAAGCCUUGUGGAUUGGCUUGACUGGAUGUAAAAGGCUUGUAAAUUUAAACGAAAACGUUUCAUGA